AUGGGCUUUGUGGAUGAGCGUAUGAUCCUUUACAAUCCUUUUACCCGUGUAUAUGAGAUAUUUCUGGAUCCAUAUGCCCCUUUACCUGCUGGAAGCCAUGCAUACGGAUUUGGUUAUGGUGCCACCCCAGAUGAGCUGAAAUUUAUUAGGUUUAGAAACUACAACGAUUCUAAGAGAAGUUACCAUACUUGUGAUGUAUUCAAUCUGAAAACACGUUCAUGGAGCCAGCAAGAACUCAUUCAAGGUGCUCAGAUUGAUGCAUUUGUAGGCACUUUUCUUAAAGGAUAUUUGUAUUGGAUGGGUCCUUUGAAGAUCAUGGCACUUAAUGUCGACAAGAUGGAAUUUUCAGAGAUGCAUCUACCCGAUUCGGCUAUCAAUCAACGUAAUCAUCUGGGUACGUGUCAUGGAUGCCUAUGGAUGAUCACGAACACUGUCGACGCUCUUAAGUUUGACAUGUGGGUAAAGAAUGAACAAGGUGUUGAUAACUUAUGGUCGAAAACAUAUUCAUACACAUUAGCUUUGGAACCUGAGUGGUCUUUUUCCAAAGACAUUGAAAUUACCGAGGAUGGAAAAGUUAUAAUGCAUCUGGUGAAGAAGGAUCGUGCAGGACAAGUGAUUUUUGAUACAUCAAAACAGUCCUAUAAACUGUUAAAGAGAUCCUCCCGUUUGUUAAGGGGCAUCAUAUACAAAGAGAGUCUCAUAUCUCCUAUGAAUUUAUGCCGGGUUUGA